AUCUCAUUUUAACUGAGCACAUGCUGGCGCCUGGGUCCAUUGCUUUAAGCUUCGGGCUCAGGCAUGUUUGCAAAAUGUUUGAAUUUCAUGACAGGUGAGUGGUUUGUUUGAUGUGCAGUUUCUAAGCAUUGGUUGUCAUGGUUUCCGGUGCUUGUUAAGGAUGUGGUCGAUUGCUCUGAAAAACCUGAAAGAGGAAGACUCACAACACCGAAAACAGCAUGGAGUUCGCAUCAGGCUGCCUAAUGCUCUGCGCCUCGCUGAUCGUCACCCCCGACCGAUCUCAGUUCUACCAGUAUGAAGAGAUCUCUCUGAAGUGUGCUGCCGACUCCAGCGGCUGGACAGUGAGACGAAACACCUCCACCAGGACGUCUCAGGUGUGUAAGUAUGGCUGGGGGAUCCCGGGCGAGUCGUCCUGCACCGUCGAGUCCGCCUUCCCAUCCGACACCGGGGAGUACUGGUGUGAGUCUCCGCAGGGGGAGCGCAGCAACACCGUCAGCCUCAACGUGACAGCCGGCGAUGUGAUCCUGGAGAGUCCUGCGUCUCCUGUGAUGGAGGGAGACCGAGUGACGCUCCGCUGCUCCUACAAGAAGAGAUACGACGCGGCUCCUACGUCCAACUUCAACGCCUCGUUCUUCAGAGACGGCGUGUUAAUCGGCCUCGAGCCCUCGGGAGAGAUGGUCCUCCCAGCGGUGUCCAGAAGGGACGAAGGGUCCUACAGGUGUCAGCACCCAACAAUGGAAGAGUCCCCGCAGAGCUGGCUGGCAGUGGAGGCUCAGCCUGCAGAUGCCCCUCCUCCUCCUCCUCCUCCUCCUCCUCCUCUUCCUCCCCUGCCCUGGCUGCUGGGCUCCGUCCUGCUCUUCGUCUUCUACAAAGCCCUCCUCACCCUGGGGGUCUACAAGUACCGCAGGUGGUCUCGAGCUCGAGGCGAGGCCAGAAGAAGAAGAAGAAGAAGAAGAAGAGCGUCCCAUCAUGUUGUACAAGAAGGAAGAAGAAACUCUUAA